AUGUCUGACCGGAUCUUCUAUAUACACUCCAACUUGUCCUUUGUUCCCUGGGAGGGCAGUACGGCAGCUGCCGUUCCCACGUCUCCCCCCACACCGGGUCACUACCAUGUCCUCUACCGAGGAUGUGGGGAGACUCAGGUGGGCUGGCAUGGGGAGACUUACUGCCUGGUUGGUGGGUACCGGGCCUACGGGGAUGCUCCUGUGGCUUCCUCUGAGAAGGCCGAAGCAGAGAAACCAGUUUCCAGUCGAGCUCCCAAGAGGCACCAUGUUCUGGAAGAACCUGACAAAGAGCUGGGGGGCGCCAGCCCUAAAGUCAUGCGGCGGUGGCACCGCAGGGGAAGGAGGCUGCCCACCCAGAAGCACUCGGGCCAGGCCACUUCGUAG